AAUUGUAUUGAGUUACAGUGCGCGUUUCUGGGGAGUGGCGUUUUGUGACUGCUUUUUCUAGUAGUACAAGAGUCCAGUCGUUGUCCUAUUCGUUCCAAGUGGUCUGUGAAAGCACUUUGGUCUGCGCAGUGCAUUGAAAAUGGCACUUGAACUUUACCUCGAUCUGUUUUCACAACCUUGCCGUUCGGUGUUCAUCUUUGCGAAGAAAAACAACAUCCCAUUCGUAUUCAAAAGUAUAAAGCUUUUUGAAGGGGAGCAGUAUGGAGAGGAUUUUGGGAAGAUUAACAUGAUUCGCAAAGUGCCCGCCAUCCGUGAUGGGGACUUCACCAUGGGCGAGAGCAUCGCCAUCCUGAUGUACAUGGCGGAGAAGUUCCGCACCCCUGAUCACUGGUACCCAGCCGACCUGCAGAAACGAGCGCUUGUUAACGAGUACCUGUCUUGGCAACACACAGCCACCCGAAUGCACGGCUCUAAGAUCUUCUGGCUCAAGCUUAUGAUUCCCAAGGUCAUGAAGACGGAGGCGCCCAAGGAGAAGAUGGAUUCGGCCAUCGAGGACCUGGAGGGGUCACUGAAGAUCGUGGAGGAGAAGUUCCUCCAGGACAAACCCUUCAUCGCCGGAGAGCACAUCUCCCUCGCUGACUUGGUGGCCAUCGUGGAGAUCAUGCAGCCCGUGGGGGCGGGCAUGGAUGUGUUUUCGGGGAGGCCGAAGCUCACAGCCUGGCGGAACAGGGUCCAGGCUGCGAUCGGGAAGGAUCUCUUCGACGAGGCCCACCAGGAUAUUCUGUCCGCUGCCAAAAGGGUGGAUUCCAUGGACAGCAGCAAGCUGGAGCGCUUCAAACCUCGCAUCGUUAAAAUGUUUUUUUGAGCUCCUUGCUUUCAAGCCAGCGGAGGGGGUUAAAGGUUCAAACCCAAACAGUUUAAUCAUAACCCCCCCUUCCCUGUGUUUGUCUUCAGCUGAUUCCAGGAAAUCAUUAUUUGAAAUAGUUUGAAACUUUAGACGGUGGUAAGAAAAUUGCUCCAUAUUACGCAGAAUCUUUAAAGAAACAUGUUUUCCCGAAUAUUCUGAACAAACUCCCAACUUCCACACGAUUGAAGGUGUUGAUUAGUGACAUGCUUCGUGGGGAGUACUGCAGGGCUGUAUUCAAGUCUUACCGAUAUAUAAAUGGUAAAAAAUAUUUCAUCUAGUUCUGGUUGGCUCUUGCAGUCUACCGCUGUGCAAGUGUUUGAGACUAAAGCCACUGCCAUAUUAUGUGUCAUAAGCCAUCAGAUUAACAUAAAUCUAAAGGACUUCACAGUGUGAAUAAGGGCCACCGGUUCUUUUCCCCUUGUCUUCUUGCACGGUACUUUAGUCCUCCGUCCACUAGAGGUCAUGAUAGCCUCUUUGUCACUCCACAUCUCAAACAAUUGACCCUGUGGCUUUUUGCAGCAUUUAAACUUCUGUCUUUGUUCACUUUUUUUUCUGAAUCACCCUAUAUUGAUCCCUUGUAUUUCAAUGGUUAUCCUCCCUCUAGGCAGUCUAACUGCACAGUCUACUGACUAAUCAUACAAUUGAGUUUCUAACUGAAUGAUUAGUCACAUGACUGUGAUGGAUGGAGGAUGAUCAUUGAAAUGCAAGUUUAAAUCCCUGCAGGUCACAUGGUGGAGACAGACUGUUGCUUCUAAUUAUGAAUCUCUACUGCCGGUUGUAACAACUCACUGGCAUAAAAAUGUCAUAUUUUCCCAGAACCUUUUCCACAAAGGACACAGCUAGCCACCUUCUUUUUAAAUCCACUGUCUCCUUAAACUUUUUUUUCUUGACCAAUAAAAAAUGUUAGUUGAUCACACAAA